GGUCCUCUCUCUUUCAUCGCGGAGGCCCCAAGGUUUUCUCUCUCAUCUCUCUCUCUCUCUACAUUCAGCUCCUUGCAAGAGAGGCCAAUACAGAGCUUAGGAUAUAUAGAUGUAGAUAUACACACACAUAUAUAUAUAUAUGUGGAUAUGUAUAUGUGCACACUCGCUCGAUGGAGUCUCGUGUGUUUUCGUCGUCGUCGAUUCAUGACUUUUUGAAACUUGAGAUAGAGCUUAGUCCCCCUUGCAUAAGGAAAAGAUUGAGCAUCUCAGUCACCAUGUGUCAAUCAUGUAUGUUCAGAUGAUAAUGAUAGGCAGAAGCAUGAUUAGGGACUGCCAUGUUUUUUGGAUCUCCUCGUGAUCAUUCCCUCAUAGCAUGGCCCCACGACCUCUGCGCCUCACCUCCAGACGAUCUCCUCGCAAGCUUUUUUUAAUCUUACCCCUGAUACUCGUGCCAAUUUGUGUAAUUGGAAUUUUCAACCAUGGCCUUAAGAUCACCUAUUUCUUCCGCCCACUUUGGGAUAAAGCCCCUCCGCCCUUCCGACACCUACCACAUUACUAUGCUGAGAACGUGUCUAUGGACCAUCUCUGCCGUCUCCAUGGCUGGUCGCUCCGCUCUGAACCCCGCCGUGUCUUCGAUGCCAUCAUUUUUAGCAACGAGCUCGACUUGCUUGAGAUUCGGUGGCGUGAACUCAAUCCCUAUGUGACAAAAUUCGUAAUACUCGAAGCCAACACCACCUUCACCAGUAUCCCAAAGCCUCUGCUCUUCGCUGCAAAUCGCGACCGAUUUUCUUUUGCCGAGGGAAAGAUCAUUCACAGUGUGUUUCGUGGCCGGACUUCGUCGCUUGGGUCCCACGAAGACCCAUUUGUGCUUGAAUCAGAACAACGUAGAGCCAUGAACGGAUUGCUUCGUCGUGCUGGUAUUUCCAAUGGGGACCUGCUUAUUAUGUCAGACACUGAUGAGAUUCCGAGCCUACACACCGUGAAAUUACUCCAAUGGUGUGAGGGUGUACCUCCUGUGUUGCAUCUCGAGCUGAGGAACUACAUGUACUCUUUUGAAUUCCCUGUAGACUAUAGUAGCUGGCGGGCCACGGUCAAUAUUUACAACCCAUGGACCUUCUAUCGCCAUUCACGCGCAACUGAUCUCAUUCUCUCUGACGCCGGAUGGCAUUGUAGUUUCUGCUUCCGACAUCUAAGAGAUUUUGUGUUCAAAAUGACUGCAUAUAGCCAUGCAGACCGGGUGAGGCAUAAAGAAUUUCUGAACUACGCUCGAAUCCAGAAACUCAUUUGUCAAGGAGAUGAUCUGUUUGAUAUGCUACCAGAGGAGUAUAGUUUCCGGGAACUGAUUAAGAAGAUGGGAUCGAUUCCUCAAUCGGCUUCAGCAGUUCAUCUUCCGGCUUACUUGAUAGAAAAUGCAGAAAAGUACAAAUUCCUUCUUCCUGGAGGCUGUUUGCGCUCAUCUGAAUGAGCAAUCUCUUUGGUAAGUUGUUCCAGAUUUCCCCAGAAGAUGGUUCUGCUUGCUCAUUCUUGUACACUAUAAUUCUCUGGGGGUUGCCUUUUGUAUCGAACCCUAGUUCAGUGUGUUGUCAAUUUUUGUUUUCUUUCUUGAAAGAGCAGCUUGGCCGGCCUAAUGGUACAGGCUUGCCGUGUGUGCCAUCAAAGUGUAGGUUUAAGUCACAGAAACAGUCUCUCCGGAAAUUAGAGUAAAGGGUAAAGUAGCGUACAUCUUGCUCUAUACAGAUAGGUCAUGUUUGUUUGGGUGGACAUGAACUUGGAAUUUGACUAAUAAUCCAAUAAAAUUAUUAAUCCGAUGUUUGGUCAAACAAUUGAAAUACGGAUUAAUUAUUUUAAACUUAAUUAUUAGUUAAGAUAGGAUACAUAAUCUAACGGAUUCGUAGUCCUAGGACUAUUAAUCAUGGGAAUGCUAAUCCAGUCCGCCCAAACAAACAUGGCCAUACUGUUUUGGGAGGGCCUCGUGCAUUAUAUUAUUUUUUAUUUAUUUUAAACUUCCGCUUCUUUGAUUGGUUUUUCGAAAUGCUGUAAAAUCAACCGUCAAAUAUAAACAUGAAGAAGAGAGAUAAGAUGUUGUUUUGUAUAACUGGGGGAGUAGCUGAGGUGAAUAAAACUGGUGAAUGAGUUGCAGUGUUUAGGCAUAAUGUAUGGUUGGUUGGUUGGUUUUCAUGUCCAAUUGUAUAUCAGAAACAGAGGGUAUUGGUGCAACUUAUUGGGGGGCAUUUUCUUUUUUUAUUUCU